AAUAUUCACAGUGUCGAGUCGAUAGCAGUCAAGGAAGCCCGCACCGAGUGAGCAAAACCGGACGGUGUUACACGAAGUUGCCGGUGCAGUGGCGCCAUGCAAUCAUUAAGCAGCAUUUUAUCGCGAUGUGGCUUAUUGUCACGCGGUGCUGCUCUGUCUGGGUGUCGCGGAACAAUCAACUCGCUCACCGCGUCGUCUCAAACCUGCGCUGUGCCGUCGAUGGUUGCGGAAGGAUCAUCAGCUGCCACCACGAGUUGUAGUGGGCGAGGGUUGGUGACCUGGACGCGGCAGGGUCCUGGCGCCUCCUCCGCCCUCGGGGCCUCCUUGCCAGGGUCGUCCGUGCCAACCUUCGCCCGUCUUUGCCCAAAUCUCUCCGUUACAGCAGCUGUGCAGCUACCAGGAGGCGUGCUACUGCAGCGGGCAGGCCUGCACUCGUUGGUAGCGUCCCGAGCUGGCAGCGCCGCCGGCGCCGCCUCCGCCGCGCGCUCCUUCGCCAGCCCGCUUGGGCCGCUGCUAGCACCCACGGCCGGCGCCAGUGCGGCCGCCGCUGGCGCUAGCCCUGGCAGCAGCAGCGGCCUCCUACUGGGCGGCUGGUCGGCGUGUGCGGGCCCGGUCCGGUGGUGCCAGGCGGGUCAGCUGAGCAAGCAGCGGGUGUUCAAGCGCGAGGGCAUCAACGACGUCAUCAUGCCCAACACCACGCAGCUGCGCUACGGCACCUACGGCAUCCGGGCCAUGGCCAGCAAGCGCGUGGGGGCGGCUACCAUCGAGGCCGUGCGCCGCACGCUCCGUCGCAAGAUCAAGAAGACGGCGCGGCUUUGGAUCCGGCUGUCGGCGGUGGUGCCGGUCACUCGGAAGCCGCUGGGUAUCCGCAUGGGCAAGGGCAAGGGUGUCAUCGACUUCUACGCCACGCCCGUGAGGCCGGGCCAGAUCAUCUUUGAGAUGGACCGCGUGCCGCGCAAGGUGGCCCUGCAGGCGCUCACGGCCGCGCAACAUAAGUUCCCCGUGAAGCUGGGCUUUGUGGAGUGGAGCUAAUGUGAUUCGAGCUCAAGAACGCUGAGCAGUUGAGCUGCGGAUGUAAAUGCUGACAAGGGAGUUGAAGAAAGAGUAUGAACAGGAAUGGGAGCAGCAUGGGAUGGGAACAGAAGUGCUAUUGUAGCUAGGUGCCCUCGAGUAGCACAUGCCGCAGGUUAGGUGGGCGCGAAAGGUCAGGACAAGAAGUUGCCUUAAUGAGUGGAUAGCGCGAUGGCAGUGGGAUCAAAACGCGUGUGGCGUUCGCGUCGGCUGGGCCGGGAGGGCCUUACGGCGGCAUGGGCCGUGUGGGUUUGGAUCCUGCCGGCUACCCCUCCUUGAACAGUUUUGGAAUUUCAUCCCCUCUGUUUUACUUGAUAUGUAUCACACCUGACAUUGAACGCGUAGACAACUGCUCAGCGGCCUUCGACCGCGCGCGGACUCAGGCGCGGACUGAGUUGCAGAGGCCGAGUAACUGCGCGUAACAUUAAGGUCUUCUGAAA